AUGCCGUGUCUUCGUGGUCUGCCAUCAACAGCCCACUUCCGGGCGACGGCUUCGGCUUCGGCGUCGACCACGCGGCCAAUUACAACACACCUCCUCCGCCGCUGCUACUCUUCAGAAUCCCCAGCCCCAGAUGCGCCGGAAACACCAGCAGGUGCCCCGCCGGCACACCCAGCACAGCCGUUGCCGCCACAAGGGCCCCAGCCCACAAUCGACCUCAAACACAUCCGCUUCCAUGCCGAGCAAUACUCGCAAAACUGCGUGCGCCGCAACUAUGCCGCCAUGGCCGGCUACCCGGCUCGCAUUGUCGAUGUCCACCAGAAGCUGCAGCAGAUGAAAAAGGACAACGCGGCCCUGCGCCAGUCCGCCAACCGCAUACGCCGGCAAAUGAUGGUGCCCAAGGACGAAGCGACCUUGGAGCGAGAGGCUGUAAAGAAUCACUAUGAAGACGCGCGGUUGUCGGAAACAGGUGCCGGCAUGGCCAUCGACCGCAGUGACAAGCUCAACACCAGUCGCGAGGACCUCAUCGAGGAGGCCCGCAAGCUCAAGCAGGAGCUGGCAGCCGCCAAGGCCAUUGAGACGACCCUCAGCGACGAGAUGGAGAGCCUCGCCCUUGCCCUUCCCAACCUGACGAGCAGCGAGACGCCGGAUCGUGAGCAGACUGUCCUCAGCUACAUCAACUGUGACGGCGAGACAGGCGCGGGCGAGCGAAGCGAAGGACGCGAACAAACCGGGGCCGGUGCUGGUAAGCCGACCAACGAGUUUGGCACCCCGUCGCCGUCCAUCGUCUUCAAGUCAACAGCCGACACGUGGCGCUCCCACGCCGACAUUGGCACCGAGAUAGGCAUCCUCGAGUUCCCCGCCGCCGCCGCCGCAUCCGGCUGGGGCUGGUACUACCUGCUAGGUGACGGCGCGCGCCUCGAGCAGGCUCUUGUCCAGUACGCCCUGAAUGUGGCUCAUCGCCACGGCUGGCAGACCGUGUCACCGCCCAGCAUUGUGCGUAACGGCAUUGCCGCUGCGUGUGGUUUCCAGCCGCGCGACCAGGGCGGCGAGCAGCAGACAUACACGCUCGAGGGUCUGCCACUGAGCCUGGCCGCAACCGCCGAGAUCCCGCUCGCAGCUCUGUACGCCGACACCACCAUUGAUGUGGCCUCGGAGAAGCCCCUGCGCCGCGCCGCUGUCUCCCGCUGUUACCGCGCCGAGGCUGGUUCGCGUGGCACCAGCACCAAGGGCCUCUACCGCGUGCACGAGUUCACAAAGGUCGAGAUGUUUGCAUGGACGGCGCCCGGCCUCGACGACGCCACCGACACGUUCAACGAGCUCGUCGACGUGCAAACCGAGAUCCUGUCAAGCCUUGGCCUGCCGUGCCGUGUGUUGGAGAUGCCGGCCACAGACCUGGGUGCAUCCGCAUACCGGAAAAUCGACAUUGAGGCCUUCUUCCCCGGCCGCAUCCGCGCGCCCAAGGCAGCAAGUGGUGGCCAGUACGACUACAACCCCGGCUGGGGCGAGGUGACGUCAGCAAGCAUCUGUACAGACUACCAGACGCGGCGACUGGCGACCCGCACGCGAAUCAGCACUGAAAAAGGCCGCCAGCUGUCUUACCCUUGGACGCUGAACGGUACAGCACUUGCUGUGCCGCGUACUAUGGCCGCGAUCCUUGAGAACGGCUGGGACGAGUCGACCAAGACGGUCGCCAUCCCCGAGUGCCUUUGGCCGUGGAUGGAUGGUCAGGAACGACUCGGAAAGCCGGAGGAUCUGGCAAAGCUGGCGCCCAAAGAGCCAGAGGAGCCAAAGGAGCCGAAAGAGGUGAAUAAGGCGAAAGAGUUGGAAGAAUAG